AUGCGGCCGCUGACCGAGGAAGAGACCAAGACGGUGUUUGAGAAGCUGGCCAACUACAUCGGCAAGAACCUGGUGCACCUCAUCGACCGGCCCGACGACCCGCACGUGCUGCGCCUGCACCGCGACAAGGUCUACUACGUCUCCGAGGCCAACAUGCGCCUCGCCAUCUCGAUUGCGCGCCCCAACCUCGUCUCGCUCGGAACCUGCCUCGGCAAGUUUAGCAAGACGGCCAAGUUCAGGCUGCACAUCACCGCCCUCGACCUCGUCGCCCAGUACGCCAGGUACAAGGUGUGGAUCAAGCCCAACGGCGAACUCCCCUUUCUCUACGGAAACCACGUCGUCAAGGCCCACCUGGGCAGGAUCACCGACGAUACACCCGAACAUGCCGGUGUCGUUGUGCUCAGCAUGAGCGGAAAUCCCCUUGGCUUCGGCGUGACGGCAAGAUCAACAGUCGACACGCGCAAACUCGACCCGACCUCGAUCAUCGUCUUCCACCAGGCAGACGUGGGCGAGUACCUCCGCGACGAAGAUACCCUCUUCUAG